AUGCUGUCGAACGCUCUGUUUGUUGUGUCGUUGUUCUCGCUCGCCCUGGGCAAACCGCUUGCAUCCAGCAUGCGCGUGCUGGAACGCAGGAACAGCCCACCGGCGGAUUUUUCCUACUCGGGUGCCGCGCAUUCGAGUACGAUGAUGAAUUUGCGUAUUGCGCUUGCGCAGAGCGAUGUGGCCGGACUGGAGGAGGCUCUAUACGAUGUGAGCUCGCCCUCGAGCGAGAACUACGGGAAGCACUUGACUAAGGAAGAGGCUGCAUCAUUCGCGGAACCCACCAGCGAGACCCUCGCUGCGGUCACCUCCUGGCUCGAAAGCAACGGCAUCAACGCGACUGCACUCACUCCUGCUAGUGAUUGGCUCGCCUUCUCUGUCUCUGUGGAACAGGCGAACGAUCUCCUUGACGCACAGUACAAUGUGUACACCCACGAGACAACUGGACGACAUGUUAUUCGUACGAUGUCGUAUUCUGUGCCAGCUGCGAUGGAGGCGCAUGUGGACGCGGUAUAUCCCAGUACGACUACCACAGCCCUGGCACCUGUGUUCAAGGCGCACAAGAGAGGUCGCGAUCAGCUCGAUGUGGUUGUCAAGAAGAGCUUGGGAAUGAGCUCGUCGUCCUCCAUCGCUACCUCCGAUGUUUCUGCCUCCUGUGCCCAUGAGAUCACUCCAUCUUGCCUUCAGUCGCUUUAUGGCAUCCCUACGACGUCUGCUAGCAACUCAUCAAACACGCUUGGCGUCAGCGGGUUCAUCAAUCAGUUCGCGAAUCAGGCGGACCUGAAGAGCUUCUUGGGGCAAUUCCGCACUGACAUCAGUGAUAACACGACGUUCAGCCUGCAGACUCUGGACGGCGGAAAGGACCUGCAGAGCGACAGUGAGGCGGGCGUCGAAGCUAAUCUGGACAUUCAAUACACUGUCGGUCUUGCCACGGACGUGCCGGUGACGUUCAUCUCUGUCGGCGAAGACACCUCAGAUGGCGACCUCGGUGGAUUCCUCGACAUCAUCAACUUCUUGCUGAACGAGGACAGCCCGCCGGCGGUGCUUACGACGAGCUAUGGCGAUAACGAGGAGAACAUCCCUAUCAAGAUGGCGGUCAAUCUGUGCAAUGCGUAUGCCCAGCUCGGCGCACGCGGAGUAUCAAUCUUGUUCGCAUCUGGUGAUGGAGGUGUCUCCGGGUCACAGAGCCAGGAAUGCACCGACUUCGUGCCAACCUUCCCCUCCGGCUGUCCCUACAUGACCUCUGUCGGCGCAACGACCGGCAUCUCGCCCGAAGUCGCUGCCUCCUUUUCCGCGGGUGGCUUCUCCAACUACUUCAGCACGCCGUCCUACCAGUCCUCCGCCGUCGCAUCCUACCUCUCCGCACUCGGCGACACUAACGCAGGGCUGUUCAACACAUCGGGGCGCGCGUACCCCGACGUGAGCACGCAGGGAGCGAACUUUGCGGUCGUCAUUGACGGGCAGGUCAAGCCAGUCGACGGGACGAGCUGCGCGAGCCCGACGUUCGCGAGCGUCGUUGCGCUGCUGAACGACGAGCUCGUGAGCGCGGGGAAGAGCACGCUUGGGUUUUUGAAUCCUUGGUUGUAUAGCACGGCGAGCGGCGCGCUGAACGAUGUGACGAGUGGGGAUAACCCGGGGUGUGAAACGAAUGGUUUCCCGGCUACGACAGGGUGGGAUCCGGUGACCGGGCUUGGAACGCCGAACUUCGCGGCAUUGAGGACGGCUGCGGGAUUGUAG